AUGAAUUUCGGUGCUGAGGCUUUGCAACAAGCCCAGGAGUAUCUCCAAACUCUGGGACUCCCAGAAGAGUUCACCAUGCAAGCCAUGAUGUAUGUCCUGGCCAGACACAACCUGACGCCCUUUGAACGAGGGGGCACGUUCGAGGCUCCCAUUACGCGAGCCUUGGGCAAGCCUCCAAACAAGGAUUGCCUCCAGCCGUUUGGCUGUCUUGUUGAGUAUAAGACACCAAAGGGAGCCACGCAGAAGGCGGUGUUCUUGGGCGUCGACAUUGGCAUGUUUGGUGAAAAGGAUCCUCCGGCGUUCAAUGUCUACGACCCCAAAACUAAGCGGGAGAAACAGGUGGCUAAGGUGGAAUUCUUUCCCAACAAGUUCCCCAUGCGUGAUGGUUUUGAUUGA